UACUCUCUUUUCUUUCUCUCUCUACUCCUUCCUCAUUCUCUCUUUCUACUAAAAAAAAAAUAUUCAUAGCAAAAGAAUCAUGAUCACCACACCAACUCAAAACCCAUGUGAGUUCCUUUCCUUCUUUUCAUCUUUUCAUUUUUCCUUCUCUUAAUUUCUUAAAUUUUGCCCCCAAAUCUCUUCUUUCCCUCCUUUUUCUCCUCCGCUCUCUGAAAAAGCUUGAUUCUAGGAAAAACAAAGUUUUUAAUAUGCAAAAUAAUUUGAAUUUUUUUAAUUUCCCUUUUUAUUUUCUGUUUUUCCUACUUUAGAAUUGGGCAUUUUGAAUUUUACUAGAAUUUCCAACACCCCACCAAAUAUUCCAUCAAUAUUACUACUCUAAGUCUCUAACCCAAUUUGCCAAAUUCAAAAAAAUAAAUAGUUGGACAUUUUAUAUUACUUUAAAUCCCUACAUAUUUUUCACUAAUUUUAUAAAAAUAAUUUUUAAUAUUUGUAAUUAUCAUAUCUUUUCACUAACUUUCUUUUAAUAUUAUUCUAAUAUUUAUAGUGUCACUUUACUCCAUAAAAUUUUUUACUUAAUAAAAUAAUAUUUUCACCAUUUAAAAUAUUCUAUUUUUUUAAUUUUGGUCAAUAUUUCUUAUAAAUAGUUGUUUAUAAAACAGAGUAAUUAAGGAUCUAUCAUUCUCCAGCGUAUCCACAAAUAAUAUAAUUUUUUUUUUCAAUUUCCUAAUAUUUUUUAUAUCUUUUAUAAUGGUUAAAGGAGGGGUAUGUGUCUCUCUCUAAAGUCUAGAGUGUUUUUUUAGCUGAGUUCCAUCAAAACUGUCAAUUUCAUCCCAUUUCCCUCCUCUUCUUAUCCCUUAUACUCACUCCUCCAACUCUAUCGCUCUAGAAAUUCCUCUUGGGAAAUUUAAUCAUUUUCCAUCUGGGUUUUCAUUUUUCUUUCCUGGGUAUUAAAAAUAAUUAGCUAUUGAAUUAAUUUCGUCAUCAAAUUUCCAUCUAUUUCAUGUUAUAUAUAUUGAUACAAAAAAACCCUUUUUCUUAUUCAUGGUGCAGUUUCAUAUUGGAAGAAAUUUCAAGAAAUGAUUGGUGGUGUAUACAGUUUUAAUAAUAAUUAGAAGUAUACUACCUCUAUUAAUUAGUGUUUAGUAUAUAUAAUAAUAUUAACAUAAUUACAAAAAAGAGCAUACAAUUAGGGAAAGAUCUAAUUAAUUAAUUAAGAUUAUAUUAAUUAAGAGUUACUAUAAUUAGUAUAGCCAUGAAUAGCAGCAAAAAAAGGCACUUAAGCUCCAAUAGCAGUGCAAGUGAUCUUAUAAUAGAUGCAAAACUUGAAGAACAUCAACUUAGUGGAUCCAAACACUGCCCUGGAUGUGGUCACAAGCUUCAAAGAUCCAAACCCGAUUGGGUAGGUCUACCAGCUGGAGUGAAAUUUGAUCCAACAGAUCAAGAGUUGAUAGAACAUCUUAACUCAAAAGUGGAAGAAAAAUCUUCUAAAUCUCAUCCUUUAAUUGAUGUAUUUAUCCCUACUAUUGAAGGAGAAGAUGGAAUUUGUUAUACUCAUCCUGAAAAACUCCCAGGAGUAACAAGAGAUGGAUUGAGCAGACAUUUCUUCCACAGGCCAUCCAAGGCCUACACAACAGGAACAAGAAAACGAAGAAAAAUCCAAACAGAAUGUGAUCUUCAAGGAGGCGAAACCCGUUGGCACAAAACGGGCAAAACCCGACCCGUAAUGGUAAAUGGGAAACAAAAGGGGUGUAAAAAGAUCCUAGUCCUGUACACAAACUUUGGAAAAAAUCGAAAACCCGAAAAGACGAACUGGGUAAUGCAUCAAUAUCAUUUAGGACAAGAUGAAGAAGAAAAGGAAGGUGAACUUGUAGUGUCAAAAAUAUUUUACCAAACACAACCUAGACAAUGUAAUUGGUCGUCGGAACGAAGCCCGACGACCGGAGAAGGGAGUGAGGCUAGUGGAACAAGGGAAAGUGGAAGUAAUACAUCUUCAUGUAAAGAAGUGAUGAUAAAUCAUGAUAAUAGAGAUUAUCAAAUGUGUAUUUCUGCUGCUUCACUUUCUAGUUUUACUGAUUUGGAUAUGCAACAUUUGAGAGCUAGUGGUGAUGAACAAUUUAGCUUUGUCCCUUUUGGUAGAAAACCCUUUGAUGAGGCCGGAAUGGGAGAUGCUACAAUAGUAGUAAGGCGGGAGACAGACGCCAUACGAGCUACAAACGACGACGACCAUAAUGACCAAAUGUCGAAACAACAACAGCAACAACAUCAACUUCAUCAACAUCAAAGCCAACAUCAUCAUGUUCAUAAUCCUCAUCCCAUGAAUGUUUCCCAAGAUCAUCAUCAUUAUCAUAUACAACAAGCCAAUUGCAAUGCCACGAAGGCUGGUUUCAAUAUUAGUACACCAUCACAUUCCAUCUCCCAAAUUAUAUCUCCACCUCCUCAUCAUGCCUCUAUAAUUCUUGAUGAUCACUCAUUUCAACAUGUUUCUAGAAUCAUGCAGCUUCAAAAUCAAACUUUAAUGCAACAGGAGCAACAAGAAGAGCAACAACAUGAUAAAUUAGUAGCAAGUUCUGCAGCUGAUUUGGAGGAAAUCAUCAUGGCCUGCACUUCUGCUUCUCAUUCUGCUGUUGUUACUGAUUCUAUCAAGGAACAGGAGUCCUCCAUCACAAAUCCACCACCAUCAAAAUCAGAAUGGAUCAAAUUCUCCUCAUUCUGGCAUGAUCCUAACCACUCACAUGAUCAUCAUGGAUGAAAUCAAAACGAAGUGACUCAAUAUCAGUGUCACGUAAUUCGCUAAUCAGCCUUGCGAAUUACAAAUCGAAAAAAAGAAGUAUGGUCGGUUUAAAGCUAUUUUUAAAUCAUUUUAAGAGAAUCGUGAAUCCAAAAGGAGAACCAACUAGCAAAUUACGUUUUACUUCUCAAUGCAUAAAGCUUUUGGACAAGGAAAUAAUUGAAAAAAAAAAAUUAUAAUUUUUUUUCACUAGAAUACACCUAGAAAAAAAAAAUUGAUAUACACCUGAUUGUAUGAUAGAUGCUUUGCAUAUAAUAUAUAUAACCUUUGAUAUAUUUUUUUUCACCCUUUCUUUUCUUGCUUUUUUUUUUUUUUCAUUUUUCUUUAGAAUUUUCCAUUGCCUAAACUACUUAAUUAC